AUGUCCAUUCGCGUGCUCUUACGCGAACAUCCUCACCGAUCGAUUGCUCUUGUAACGCCCUCCCACGCCCUCAUAUUCCGCCAUAGCCCUACUACCAAUGAAGCCAUUGCAAAUGGCUCCCUUGCUUCCGUGCAGUCCAGUCAAGGCCGCUCAUCCGUAGAUGGUGCUGCGCCGAGAUACAUGGUCGAGUUUGCAGAUGUCUCGACGGUCGACCUGGGCGAAUACCGAACGUUGAGCCCAGUGCCUAUUCGCGGAACGCUGGGCUUGAUCACUAUCAACAAUGAUGUUUUUCUAUGCGUGGUGACAGGCGCCACCAAGGUGGCGUCCGUAAGGCCGGGAGAGACUGUGGAGAAGAUCUUUGGGGUCGAGUUCUAUUGCCUGAAUAGUUACGAGUACGAUAGUAGCUUCGGAGAUCCGCUGGAUCCGUACGCGGCAGAGAGUCAGGAAUACGGACACAGUCGGAGAGAUCCGCUGGAGCAUCCAUGUGUGGAGUUGCAAAAACUACUAGGAAAUGGCACUUUCUAUUAUUCUACGGACUUCGAUUUAACAAACAGGUUGCAGGACAGAUCUACAGAAGCUACCACAUUCGAAAUAGAUAACCUGGACGACUCUUUCCUCUGGAACUCUUACAUGAUCAGCCCCUUGGUCAAGUUUCGAACACGGCUAUUACCACAGGAGAGGGCGGCAUUGGACAACUCGAGGAUCCUGACAUCUGCUAUCCGGGGCUUCGUCCUUAGCAUUGCAAUACCCCCAUCGUCGGCGCCUUUGCGAUCGUCGAGAAUUGGACUCCCUUCAUCCUUGACGCUUAUAUCACGGCUGUCGUGCCGGAGAGCAGGCACUAGAUUCAACAGUCGGGGAAUUGAUGAUGACGGAAAUGUCGCGAAUUUCGUGGAAUCCGAGACCAUAUACUGGAGUCCUACUGUUGUUGGACAGUCAGAUCCUGCGACGCCGGAAAAGCAGUCCGGGAUGUGCUUUUCUUACGCACAGAUCAGGGGAUCUGUUCCAGUCUUCUGGGAACAAGCCGCUGGCCUCCUUCCCGGCCAGCAAAAAAUAACCAUCACUCGGUCACCAGAGGGUACACAGCCCGCUUUUGACAAGCACUUCAGAGAGCUCGAGCAGAACUAUGGAGCGGUCCAUGUGGUGAAUCUCCUAAGCGAGACGAAGCCUGGCGAAGCAGAAUUGACGAAUCUCUACCGAUAUGGAGUGCGGCAUUCUGCAUUGAAUCAAGAUGAAGGACAGAAUUCGCAAGACCACCAGCUUCUGCGGGAGACCGAAUUUGAUUUUCAUGCGGAGACCAAAGGGCCGAACGGAUACGAAGCAGCAAGCUUCAUCCGGAGACUCAUUGAGCAUUCCGCUGAAGGCUUCGCUUAUUAUUUGUCAGAGGAUAUCGACGAUUCUGUCGAAGAUAGCCAUGAGAAGUCGAACCGAAGGAUAGUCGUUGAGUUACAGCAAGAAGGAGUCUUUCGUACAAACUGUUUGGAUUGCCUCGACAGAACGAAUCUGAUUCAAACGAUCAUUUCGCAGAUGGCCAUGGAGUCCUUCCUCGCGCACCAGAGAGAGCGUGCAGCCUCAGACUUCUGGAUGCGCCACUCAAGUUUGUGGGCCGACAAUGGUGAUGCCCUUUCGCGAAUUUAUGCUGGCACAGGGGCUCUCAAAUCGUCCUUUACACGGCAUGGCAAGAUGUCGCUCGCCGGGGCAAUAGCCGAUGCACGAAAAAGUGCUACCCGACUAUACAUUAACAAUUUUGCAGACAAGGGUCGCCAGAACACCAUUGAUGUCUUGCUAGGCAGGAUGCUUGGCCAAGCCCCAGUCCAUUUGUUUGACCCUAUAAAUGACUACGUGACAGCAGAACUUGCCAAGCGAAGUGCAGAGUUCCAAUUCUCGGAGACAAUCAAUAUCUGGGCCGGAACGUUUAAUCUGAAUGGUCGGACCACAGGAAUAGACGAAGAUCUAUCCGCAUGGCUCUGUCCAAAGCUCGCUGCUUCCCAGCUGAAUCCCGAGAUUGUCGCUGUUGGCUUUCAAGAGAUUGUGGAACUGAGUCCCCAGCAAAUUAUGAACAGCGACCCGACCCGAAAGCAAGCUUGGGAGCGGGCAGUACGGAAAACCUUGAACAAACACGCUCGUGCCGCUGGAAGUGAACACUAUGUCUUGCUAAGAAGCGGCCAGCUCGUCGGCGCCGCGCUUUGCAUAUUUGUCAAGUCAUCCGUUCUCUCCAACAUCAAGAAUGUUGAGGGUUCUGUCAAGAAAACAGGAAUGUCCGGCAUGGCAGGCAAUAAGGGAGCUGUUGCCAUACGAAUGGACUAUGCCAGUACCCAAAUUUGCUUCGUGACUGCACACCUGGCUGCUGGGUUUGCCAACUACGAGGAGAGGAACAGGGAUUAUAGUACCAUUCAUCAUGGACUACGGUUCCAGAGAAACAGAGGAAUUGAUGAUCAUGAUAGUGUCAUCUGGAUGGGAGACUUCAACUACCGAAUUGGACUCGGGUCAGACAAAGUCAAACAGCUCAUUAGCAAUGGCGACCUGGAGAGUCUCUACGACAACGAUCAGUUAAAUCUCCAGAUGGUAGCUGGACUUACGUUUCCCUACUAUUCCGAAGCUCGGAUAACUUUCAAUCCUACCUACAAGUAUGACCUCGGGCACGACACUUAUGACACCUCUGAGAAGGCCCGAAUCCCAGCCUGGACAGAUCGGAUAUUGAGGAAAGGCACCAAUCUGCGACAGAUCAACUACAACACGGCGUCACUCCGCUUUUCGGAUCAUCGGCCAGUCUAUGCCACCUUUCAAUGUACAGUAAGUAUUGUCGACGAAGUUCAUCGAGAGGCCCUCAGCCGGGAUCUGUACGAAAGACGUCGAUCAGAAGUAGGCGGAACCUCUGCGAAUAACCCGAAUGACGAUUCCGAUGACGAAGACCUCAUCGGCUACGAUUCUAUCGAACCUGGGCUCCCCCCAGCAAGUUCUGAUACUCGCAAGUGGUGGCUGGAUAACGGACAACCGGCACGGUCGAAUAUUCAGCCCCCCGGGGAAGGACUGGUCUUGAACCCUCAUCGACCUUCGAAUCCUUACACACCGACAGACGAACCCGACUGGGUGACCGUUCCUAGGAUGGAGCAACCUCGAAGGCAGACUAAUUCUUCGGCUGCACCCCCUCCGCCCAACCCGCGCCCCUCGGCCUCGGCUACAACGAACGGGUCCCGGAGGCUGCCACCUGCCUUUGAUUCUUCUGUAUCCGUCUCAGCAAUAACCAAGAGUCUAGCGCAGAACUCCAUCGGGGAUAGUGCCACCAGGGCGAUUUCAAGGCGCCAGAGUCAGCCAGCACUCAACGAGCGUCGCUUUUCAGCAUCGACUUCUAGUUCAGCGGGUAAGAAAGCUCCACCACCAGUUGCUCGCAAACCGAUACAUCUCUCAGCAUCUCCCUCGUCAACUUCUUCACCAACCCUGUCUACUGUGACCGCAACCUCGCAACCUCGUCCAUCCUAUUCGACGCAGAAACCACGGCCGACAACACCCGAUCACACCGGCUUCGCACCUCCGCCAAGACGGACGACGGGUCUCGGGUCGACGAUAGGAGACAGUUAUGGGAGAAAGGGCGUCGAUGAUAGAAGGGAAAUGGAACGAGAUGUGGUGGUACCCCUUCCACCGGCUCAGGGAAAGAAGGCAGGAAAAAAGGCUGGUAUGCAUUGGGCCCACGCUGGCGAUGGGUCAGAGGAUGAAGGGGGGAGACCCAUGCUUCCCCCUCGAAGGCCAACCACAGACUUGCUGGGUAACGAUGAUGAUUCUCAGAUGCAAGGCUGGGCGCCUCUGCAGCCAAAUUAA